AUGGAGGAGAGCGCGCGGGAGUUCCGCCUCGGCACCCCCCGCGGCCUCAGCGGCCUCAGCGGCCUCGGCGGUCCAGCGGCGCCCCGCGCGCUGAGCCCCAGCCGCAAGCGCCGCGAGAAGUUCGGCGAGCGGAAGGAGACGCCCUUCGUGCCGCCCCUCCGGCGGCGAGAGAACGAGGCCGUGGACUUGGACAAGCUCGAGGUGAAGGUGGAGGCGCCGGCGCUGCGGGCGCCGCUGGUGGACCGAACCAACGAGGACCGAUCCAAUGAGGACCGUGCAGCCUUGAAGAAGGAGGUGCUUGCUUUGGCCUCCCCGAACCGCGCCAAGAUCGAGGAUGUUCCGGUGACGCCGGAGCGCCUCAUCAGCUGCUUCGUGGAGCCAGAGGUGGCUGCGCAGCGCGGAAUCUUCCGCAGCCCGGAACGGAAUGACCCGAAGGAGGCGGACCGCGCUGUUGCGCGCGAGCCGCCGCGCGAGCCGCCGGCUCAGGUGCGCCCUGUGCUCAAGAGGGUGCCUACGGACUUCAAGACGCGAUUGCUCAAGAAGCAGGAGUUCGGAGCGUCCCUCGGGGGCAAGCGGGUCACCUUCGCGGAGGAGCAGACCGCCUGCUCCCCUCCCAGGUGGUACUUGGACUUGCUGGAGCACGACCAAGAAAAGAAGCUCGAGGAGCCGAAGGCUUCCAAGCCGCCGCGGGCCCUGACGCCGCCCCUGCGCCGCAACAAGGAGGCGCGAUGCGCGAUGCGGCGCGCGGCCGGGCGCGGGGCGGAAGCAGAGAAGGGCCUGGCAACGGUGCAGUUGGAUGACAAGAACAGACGGCACAAUUUCAUGGCUUGUCGGCACCUCUGA